AUGCGCCCUCAAUGUGCGCGAUGUGCCGAAAAAGAUCUCGAAUGUACUUAUGAGGCGGUAAGGCCACGCCAGCGGAGAAAGAAAGAGCCUUCACAAUCCGAAUUCCUACAACAGCACGGGGCGCGAGAGUCUAUGUUAGACGAUCAUCAGUGGGACGAGCCUACGACCGAUGACAUAUCUAUAUCCGAGUGCUUCAGUCCGACAGAUACUGAAUUUAAUGCUAUGUCUCCAAUGAACUUAUCGACCGCGAGUGAGAUCCCGAUCUCUCCUAUUGAUACCAGCCCUACCACUUGCGACCAUGGAAUUAUAGAUGAUAUAAAUCAAAUAAAUAGCGUGGUACGGAAUACCUCAACCAUCAAUGAGGGUCCACAAGCGCGGUCCCUACAACCUGACCUCGCCAUGAUCGCCCCUUGUCCUGUCGGGUCCCCAAGACUUGAAUUUGUCUUGCCAACAUAUUCUGAAUUCUCGAACCGCACCAAUCGACGCGCCCUUGUCGAUCAUUUCUGUAAUGUCCUGUCGCAUUUGAUCGUUUUUCGGGAGGAGUCUGGAAAUCCUUUCCAGCAGUUGGUGUUGCCGCUCUCUCACUCAAGCCCACCAAUCACGAAUGCCAUAUACGCAUUAGCGAGCGCCCACCUGGAAUACCGAGGCGUUGAAACAUCGGAGAAAUCGCUGUACUUUCAUAAUCAAGCCAUUCAAGGAUUGGCUAGGUUAAUCGAGCAGGAAGGUAAAGUGGAUAGGACCGAACUUCUAGCGGCUAUUAUGCUCCUAGUCUAUUACGAAGUUCUUGUUCAACGCGGACGGUCAAGCAUAGUAGAUGGGCAUCUUAAAGGGGCUCUGACCAUCAUGUCAGCAUCUCAAGAAGAGUCAACCCCAGCUAGCCUCUUCUUGGAACGCGCAUUUCGGUUCUAUGAUGUUAUCACGGCGCUGUCAUUGGGAUCGGCUCCUCUCUCGACAGCUCCGGCUGCUGGCUGCCUCAUCCCAUUUGCCCCUCUAGAUGCUCCUGCCGCGUCUCCUCUUAGCAACGUGGACACCUUACUGGGAAUGUCUACUACCCUAUGGCCAAUAAUGCAUCGUCUAUCUAACCUCCUUUCUCUAAAGAACGACAUCGAGAGAGCGUCUCGAGAAAACCAAACCUCUAAAAGCGCAGUUCUAAGAAUGGAGUUUGAAACUACUUCCCAGGCUAUCGAGACUGCUCUUACUCGAUGGGAGCCUUUUCUUCCGCCGAAUAUUGCGAUUCAGGAUGGCGCAUUGAGAAAUAUCGACGGGGAAGAGAUUCCGGAGCAACUGCUAUUGCAAUCCAUUCUCCACAAUGCUUUGGCGUACCGGCAUAGUGCUUUUGUCUAUCUAUAUCGUACUAUCUAUGGAUACCCGGCGCAUCGCGAGGUGGUACAGAAACAUGUUCAUUCUGCGCUUACCCAUUGCGUCGAAACGGUUACAUAUGGAGGUCCAAUGGGGGCACUAUUGUGGCCUCUAUUCGUAGCCGCAUGCGAGGCGGUCAGCGUUGUAGAUAGAACGUUGUCUCGAAGAGCGUUUGUUGGAAUUGACCAGCGUCAAGGCAUGACCAACAUUGCACAGGCAUGGAAGAUUACUCAGGAGGUUUGGAAAAGGCUAGAUGCGACAAAUAACGAUAUCCCAGAGGUUCACGAUACCGCUCUUUGGAGGAAAGUCAGCGCCGAGAUGGGGGUCAAUAUCGUCCUUGGUUGA